CAUAAUCCUCCGGCACCAUCAAUCCAGCCGUGACAAGUCAUCUCAUUCAUCCACUCGUCUUCGGGUCCAAUCAACGCGCGCGUGUGUUGGUAUGAGAAUGUUGUUUUAGAAUCCAAUAACCCACUGCUGUCUCUGGCCUCCUCCGCCUGUUCUUAACCGCCCCCUAUGCACGGGGCAUAAAAGUCCAGCUGUGCUCGACGACCCCGUUCGCAGAAUAAUUGACUCUGCUUAUCUGUCUGGAACAGUAUCUCUGUCUGGUGACAGAAUUACCUCGAUAUAGACAUUACUCUGUACGCAGUCUCGACAUGGAUUCCUUGAACCCGCAGUGCGAGCAUCUGGCCUCGCCCGAGUAUAAGAACUUUAUCCUGUCCAUUCUCAUCGUUUUUGGGAUCCUCCUCUCUUACACCCCCCAGCAUGUUCGCAUCAUCACGAUGAAGAGCUCCUUCGGCAUCUCACCGUACUUCGUCCUCCUUGGAACAACGUCCGGUUCAUCCGCCCUGGCAAAUGUCAUCUCGCAAGAGCAGAGUCUACAAGACAUGGCGUGCUGCAGGGUCGUCAAUGGUAUGGGCUGUUUUUCAGGGAUACUGGGUAUCCUGCAGGUUGGGACGCAGUGCCUCUGUUUCUUCAUCAUCCUGUUUCUCUUCGUUCUGUUCUUCCCCAGAAAUACUUCCCAUCUUCCGAAAAACAGCCCAACCUAUCGCACCGCCCUAAUUGUAGCCGGUGUCUGCAUCGUCCACGCUCUAGUUAUGCUCAUCACCACCAUUGCAGUCGGCUACACCCGGGCAUCUUCGCUCCAGCAAUGGUCCAAUUUUUGUGGCAUUCUGUCCGCCCUCCUUGCCUCAAUCCAAUACUUCCCUCAGAUCUACACCACCCUUCGACUGCGCUGCGUGGGAAGUCUCAGCAUUCCGAUGAUGUGCAUCCAGACCCCCGGCAGUCUCGUCUGGGCAGGCAGUCUAGCUGCCCGACUGGGUCCGAAGGGCUGGAGUACCUGGGGUGUCUUGAUCGUGACGGCUUGCCUGCAGGGCACGCUUCUAUGCUUGGGAGUCUUCUUCGAAUUCCUGGGACCCAACCGGGGUCACACCCACGAGCAUGACAAGGACGCCACUGCAAAUGGUUCCGUGGAGGAGCACGGACAACAUGAGGACUUUGAUCAGGAUCAGCCUUCUGAAGAGACCCCGUUGCUCCGAGACCAGUGACAUCUAUUCCGUUAUCAGGGGGGUUGACAAUCAGCAUUCAUUUCCAGAUGCUGUGUUCGGUUAAAUUGCAAUGCUGCAGAUGGAUGCAUAUGAUAGUUCCGCAUGAUCUGUGCUGUUUCAACGCCUUGUAUACCUACCUCCCUUCCUAGACUAUACUUCUUGGCUACAAUAUGACAACGGCUGCUGGAGCAGCUAUUCAAAACAGACACAUCCACUUGGCCCAAGACUAAGAAAAUGGAGUAGCAAGAUAGAUGUUUUCUCUAAUCCAGGGGUAAAUGACGGCUCAAAUCCACGACAGGGAUCAGACUAAAUUGAAGCAAGAGAAAUAUGUAUAUAUAGAGC